UCCAUUUCCCUAACUCGAGCUGGCGAUCGAUCUCUUCCAUCGAAGAAGACGCCACCCUUGUUCUUCAAAGGAGAGACGGAGCUUUGUAGUUGUAGAGAUAGAUACGCAUAGUUGCUCAGAGGCCAAGGCGAUCGAUCAUGGAGACGAUGGCGGCGAGGUACGGGAAGAGGGACCAACAGGCCGUGGGGUGCGGGCAGUGCUUCCAGAUGCCGCUGCACUACCCGAGGUACAGCAAGGAGGACUAUGAGGCCAUGCCCGAGUGGCAGCUCGACCGCCUGCUCUCCGAGUACGGCCUGCCCGUCGCCGGCUCCCUCCAGCAGAAGCGCAGCUUCGCCAUGGGCUCCUUCCUCUGGGGCGGCAGCGGCCACUGAGCUAGCUCGAGUUGCCUACUACCUUUCCUGAUCUUGAGCAGCGGCACGUAUCGGUGGUAUCUAUCUAGAGAGAGAUCACUUUACUAGGAAAUAGUUUCCGUACUUGCAUACACUAUAUGUAUAUUAUUACUGUGCCUAUGCGCAUAUCUGACUAUCAGUGUGCUUGUGAGAGAGACUAGUAAUAUAUCUAGUUUUGUGAUCAGGUUUUGUAGGUUGCUAUAUGUUACACGAUCGACAUGCAUGUAUCUAUCUCUGCCUCUCUGGUGAGGAUCGAGAUGACGAGGUCUUACUUAACACUGGCGCUUAAUACCGUUGUUGCUACCUAGGUAACUAGAUCUCAUACUAGCACGUUGCGUCUUGUAACAUAAUGUACCGUGAGUAUAUACAUAUGUACUUUUGUCUC